AUGGCUUCCGCUGUACAGUCUCCUUUCGCCACUCUUCUCAAACGGUCAAAAUUCUCCUCAUUCGACCCCCGCAUUGCCCAAGUCUAUACCACACACGGUGGUGACGCUCACCGCGGCAACUGGGGCUUCAAACGUCCGCUCCCAAUACGCAGACGUGGAGCCUACAUUACAGUAAAGGCUGUCGACUCUCUUGAACAGCAGACAGAAUGGAACUCUGCAGAGCCUCAGGCAAUGUGGAUGAAGAACUGGGAUGAAUUACAAGUGAACCCCACGUCAGAAGAAUCACGUCGGGCACCGAGCGAGGCUUCUGGUGAUAUGCUAGACUCGGAGUAUGCGCCAACGCAGACGGACCCAAAAUGUUGGCGCUCAUCUGCUGUCCCCAAUAUUCAUGCCAUGUCCAACUUGGAAUUCAAGAAAUGUGUUGCGCAUAUCCGUCGCAAACGCGAGCACUUCUUUGAAUACCAGGAGAUGAAGGCGGAAGCACUAAAGAAGCAAAAGGAGAUGAAAGGGAUGGAAGAGGAGGCUUCAAAAGAGAUGAGAACGGACUCGUCCAAGGAAUCAUUCACAUCCAAGGGAUCGUUCAAGGGGAAAAAAGCCCCUCCCGAAAAACUUCGGACGGAUUAUUCCCUUAAUGACUUCGCUAAGUGGGAGUCUGAAGGGAUACGAGAGCAUCCUCGCUCACGUUCACUCGAAAGCGUGCCGCAUCGCUCUGCAGGUCUCCAUUACUCUCAUUUCUCAGCACUUCAAACAUAUCUCUCUACGAAGGAACACAAAGGACGACUGGUUGAAGAGGUGAGGGGCGAGAGAGGUAAAGCGCUAUAUUACGUGGCAUCAUAUGCUGGUAUGGGCACCCUCGUGCAACAGAAGAACAAAGGAGUGGGCAACGUGAUGACGUGGGGCGACGCGAGCAAAACUGGAGUGACAAAACUCAGGCCCGAAUCUGUAUUGUUGGAGAAGGCGCCAGAGGUGGUGUACAAGAGGCAAGGCUUGAAAGCGGCGAAGCUCUCGAUGACAGCGUUUGCAAAUGACACGCAGAGUCACUCCCAGAGCAACACUCAUAGGCCCGGCUCACUGGAGUACAUUACGGCUGAACCUUUGAGCUCUUUCGCCAAUCACACCCCACACCCUAAGCGCUCAGCGAGGUUCGAUAAUCUCGUGCGCAAAUCGACGCAACCACUACCACGCGCUCCUAGUGAGACGACAUUGGACUUUUUGCAGGGGAUCCUAAGAAAGCAGAAUCCUGGUACGAACGGGAAAGGAGAUCUAGAGGAGGAGAAAUCAUAG